ACCGUGGCGGCCUGACGGCUGCAUCACAAGCGCGCAACGCGCAACACGAGUUUUCGGGCGGUAGCGUCGCGAGACGGGUGUUUUACUCGGCGUUCCUUUCGUCGUCGCGUUAUCUCGUCUCUUUUCAUCCGUUUCUCUUUUCCUUUUCUCACCUCCUCGCGAGAUAGGCUCAACAUUUGAUGUUUCUGCCUGUCGUGGACGGACGAAUCGCGAUUUUCGUGCAUCGAUUGACGUUCGUGUAUCGCAUUGUUUGCCUGGGUGAUAGAGAGGCAUGUUUCGCGUCCUCGUGUUCGGAGAUACGUACUAUGCGGCCUCACCGUGACCCUCGUGACUAUCACAGACACCUGUAAGAAUUAAAGCCGAAUGGCUGGGUACGAGCAAGACUCGUGCGCCGGGGCGCGGUGAAACACGGAAAGUACAGCAAUGACGCUUCCAGUUUCGAGCUAUGAGGAACUUCUCGUCCAAGUCCGUGAGCUCACCCACGAAACGAUCCUCCUGCAACGCCAAUUGUCCUCCGAUCUCUUCGACAGCGCCGAUCCGCCAGACGUGAAUCACAACUUCUCCUUCGUUCGGAAGAAUUACGAGAAGGGGAAACUCUUGACAGAUAACGUGAUACGACACUGCGAUAAAACGCAAGAAAUCGAGGCAGGACAAAAUCCUCUUGCUGAAUGCAACAAUCUGAGAUUUCAGCCGCGAUAUCGUCGCGAUUUGGAAUCUACCGAGUGCGCUCGAUCGGACGAACUCACCAGCCGGCUUCUGGCGUUGCGAAGUCGCGACCGUCACUCGAUAAUAUUGCAGGUAAGCGAUGCUGCACCUGAUCGAUGCACAAAUCCAGCUGCACGAAUCGACUUGCUCGGCAGGUGA